AUAUAAUCUCUUUGGUAAUUUAUGUGUAUUGAUUUAUCGCACGCACAGUGACUUGGGUUUUGCAAUUUGAAAAAAAUCCUCUUCAUUUUCGCACCCAAAGUAAGACUGAACAUUUUUUUGGGGUCUCAGCAAUGGCUCAGAACGUGAUUAAUACUCGAACGCAAGGCGCCGCCCUCGAAGGCAUGAAGGAUCAGUAUGCGGAUGGAAAGGCGGCCAAAGUAUGGGAAGCCUUUAUCGGCGACAAAAACUCCCGGACUCAGAACUACAAGAACUUUCUUUUGGGCGUUUUGCGCAGAAAGGGCUGCAAGCGCAUCUUGGACGUUGCCUGCGGAACUGGAAUCGACUCCAUCAUGCUAGUGGAAGAAGGUUUCGAGGUGGUUUCAGUGGAUGCUUCCGAUAAAAUGCUAAAAUACGCGCUGAAGUCCAGAUGGGCGCGCCGCAGGGAUUCAGCAUUCGACAAAUGGACAAUUGAAGAAGCCAACUGGGUGACUUUGUACGAUGACAUUGAAGAUCUGGUGGGCGAUGGCUUCGAUGCGGUGAUUUGCUUGGGGAAUUCUUUCGCUCAUUUGCUGGAUAAUUUCGGGGAUCAGCGCGAGCAAAAGCUGGCCUUGAGGAACUUUGAAAAGUGCGUCAAACCUGGAGGGUUUCUGCUGAUUGAUCAUCGCAACUACGACAAUAUUAUUGAUAGUGGAGAAACAGCCGCUAAGAGUAUUUAUUACAAUCCCACACAUACAACGGACAUAAAAACCUCAGUUCUCUACGUGAGUGGCAAGCCAGCUUUGGUCACGUUGGACUAUUUGAUUGAUCUCAGUUCGGACAAGGAGGACCGAUGGGUCGAAGAGUCCCAAGUGAGUGAAUUCAGACUCUCCUACUACCCUCAUAGACUGAAGGUAUUCACCCACAUGCUGGAGCAGGCCUUUGGGGAGAAUUCCACCUAUCAGAUCUUCGGCGACUUUCGGCCAUUGGGAGACAUUGAAACUCCCAACUUUUACAUACACUUAGUGGAGAAAUACAGCUCGUUUUUCUAGUUGAUUUUCGUCGAUUUAAGAUAUUUAUUUUUGUACUUAUAGAUCUGUAAAUAUAUUUUUUUAUUUAG